AUGCCGGUCGCUAACGUUGGAGACCUUUCCCAGAUGCUCCAGAUGGGAGACAUGUUCCCGGAACAUCUCAAGGACCUUCCCAAAGACGUCAUCCGUCGUGUGAAGGCUCUGAAGACAAACCAACUGGAAGGAAUCAAGAUCGAGUGCGAGUUCUACGAGCGCGUCCACCAACUGGAGAAGGAAUUCGAAUCCAAGUUCAACACGGUUUUCCAACAGAGACGAGCGAUCGUCGCUGGUGAACGCGAGCCGACUGACGCUGAGGUCGCCGACAUCAAGAUUAUCCAUGGCGUGACGGAUGAGGACUUGGAGUCUACCUUCGCCAACUCUCCUGAAACCUCCGGCGACAAGGGCAUCCCGAACUUCUGGCUCCACGUCUUGGAAAGCUGCGAUUCCACCUCGGAAAUGAUCCAUGAACACGACAAGGAAGUGCUUAAGUACUUGAUCGACAUUACCACGACCGUCCACGGGGCCCCAGAAGAAGGAUUCACGCUCUUCUUCCACUUCGCGCAGAACCCCUACUUCUCGAAUUCGGUUCUGACCAAGCGCUACUACAUGCAGAACAAGCCAGACCCAGAAGCUCCCUUCGAGUACGACGGCCCGUCGGUUGUCCGUUCUGUUGGGGAAAAUAUCGAGUGGAAUGAUCAGAUGGAUAUCACCAAGAAGGUCAUCAAGAAGAAGCAAAAGAAGGGCCCGAAUGCCGGAAAAUUCCUGACGAAGACUGUGAAGAACGACUCGUUCUUCAACUUCUUCGACCCCCCAGCUCCGUGCAGCCCGGACACGCACAAUGAAGACGAUGAAGAUGAUCUGGAAAGCCAUGAUCUGAUGCGCGCCGACUACGAGAUCGGACAAAUCAUGCGUGACGUCCUGGUGCCCCGCGCUGUGCUCUUCUACACCGGUGAACAAACUGACGACGAUUUCAUGGGCGAUGACUUCGAGGAGGAUGAUGAUGAUGAAGACGAGGAAGAUGAGGAAGAAGAUUCGCUUGAAGAUGAGGCCAGAGAAUGCUGGUACAAUUGUGUUCUUGACAAGAGCAGAGUCAUUGAUGAGGAAGAGCCAAGAACAAGCGAUGGGUCGUGGUUUGGCGGUGCGAUGACUAAUGCUAUCUUCGAUACAAGACAUUGCGAUCGAAUCCUCGCAGCCGGGCUCUAUAUGAUCGACACGCUCUCAUCAUAUGAACUUGCUCCCGAGUUCCUGGCUACGCUUGCCCCCUAUUAUGAAAACCGCGGAGAAUUGGCCGCUCGGAUACUACUCAAUGACGAGCGCUGUGUAGGCGUGCUGCUCAUCCUGUUUAAACUGCGAGACAACUUCGACAGUACCGAUUCGCUAUGGCAGCCACGACAUCUGAUAAUCGAGGUUUUGCGGCGAUUUAGAUUCGUUCCUGAUGUUUUGAUUGAAUGGCUUCCAUCGGAACCCGCUUCCAUCGUCCUGCUGAAUAGAAUCCUGCAAGAGCUGAUUGUGCCGGAGAAAUGGGCUUUGUGGAGAGACGCAAUUUCGGACGUCAGUGAAAGGCUAGCCACAACCUUUCGCACAGACCGCGUCGGGCCCCGCCCUGAUGAUAUCGUGAUCGUAAUAGAGCAGCUAGCCGGCCAAAUCACGGACCACAAGACAUUUAGAUUUGGGUGCCAGGAGCCGCGCAUCGUCGAAACCCCGCCUGCCCCGAUCUUGGAUGCUUCGGUUUCUGGUUUCGCGAAAAUGAUUGUUGCUCUGGAAGCCAAGCUCGACCCGGCCGUCAUAGGCUUUGACACAACGACGCUGCGCAACAAGAUUCAACAAUUCAAGCGGUUGCUAGUUGGUUCCACUCAUUUA